GCCAUGGAGAGGAGCUCGAGCUGCGAGAGCCUGGGCGCCCCGCCCGCCGCCGCGAGGCCCCCCAGCGCGGACUCGCUGUCCAGCGCGUCCACCUCCCGCUCCGAGACCUCGGCGCACACCAAGUCCGCCUCGGGCGUGUCCUCAGACUCCAUCUCCACGUGCACGGACACCUUCUCUCCCGACCUGCAGGUGCUGCGGGAGUCCAACAAGCUGGCCGAGAUGGAGGAGCCGCCGCUGCUUCCCGGGGAGAACAUUAAAGACAUGGCCAAGGACGUCACGUACAUCUGCCCCUUCACCGGCGCCGUGCGCGGGACUCUGACCGUCACCAACUACAGGCUGUACUUCAAGAGCAUGGAGCGGGACCCCCCGUUUGUCCUAGAUGCGUCCCUCGGUGUGAUCAGCCGGGUGGAGAAGAUCGGCGGCGCUUCCAGUCGUGGCGAAAACUCCUACGGGCUGGAGACGGUGUGCAAGGAUAUUCGGAAUUUACGGUUUGCUCAUAAACCUGAGGGGCGGACAAGAAGAUCCAUUUUUGAGAAUCUAAUGAAGUAUGCAUUUCCGGUCUCAAACAACCUGCCGCUUUUUGCUUUUGAGUACAAGGAAGAAUUCCCUGAAAACGGGUGGAAGCUGUACGACCCUCUCCUGGAGUACAGGCGGCAGGGGAUUCCAAACGAAAGCUGGAGAAUCACCAGGAUCAACGAGCGCUAUGAGCUCUGUGACACAUACCCUGCCCUCCUGGUUGUGCCCGCCAACAUCCCGGAUGAGGAGCUCCGGAGGGUGGCCGCGUUCCGGUCCCGGGGCCGCAUCCCGGUGCUGUCGUGGAUCCACCCCGAGAGCCAGGCCACCAUCACGCGAUGCAGCCAGCCUCUGGUGGGGGUGAGCGGGAAGCGCAGCAAGGAGGACGAGAAGUACCUGCAGGCCAUCAUGGACUCCAACGCCCAGUCACACAAGAUCUUCAUCUUCGACGCCCGGCCGAGCGUGAAUGCCGUUGCCAACAAGGCCAAGGGUGGAGGCUAUGAAAGCGAAGACGCCUAUCAGAACACGGAGCUGGUCUUCCUGGACAUCCACAACAUCCACGUCAUGCGGGAGUCACUGCGGAAGCUCAAGGAGAUCGUGUACCCCAGCAUCGAGGAGGCCCGCUGGCUGUCCAACCUGGAGUCCACCCACUGGCUGGAGCACAUCAAGCUGAUCCUCGCAGGGGCGCUCAGGAUCGCCGACCGGGUAGAGGCCGGCAAGGCCUCAGCAGUGGUGCACUGCAGCGACGGCUGGGACCGCACGGCACAGCUCACCGCCCUGGCCAUGCUCAUGCUGGACGGCCACUACCGGACCGUCCGGGGCUUCCAGGUCCUGGUGGAGAAGGAGUGGCUGAGCUUCGGGCAUCGGUUCCAGCUGAGACUCGGCCACGGAGACAAGAACCACGCGGACGCCGACAGGUCCCCGGUCUUCCUGCAGUUCGUGGACUGCGUGUGGCAGAUGACCCGGCAGUUUCCCACUGCCUUCGAGUUCAACGAGUACUUCCUCAUCACCAUCCUGGACCACCUGUACAGCUGCCUGUUCGGCACGUUCCUCUGCAACAGUGAGCAGCAGCGGGGCAAAGAGAAUCUUCCUAAAAGGACAGUGUCACUGUGGUCGUACAUAAACAGCCAGCUGGAGGACUUCACCAACCCCCUCUACGGGGGCUACUCCCACCACGUCCUGUACCCCGUGGCCAGCAUGCGCCACCUGGAGCUCUGGGUGGGCUACUACGUGAGGUGGAACCCGCGCAUGAAGCCCCAGGAGCCAGUUCACAGCAGGUACAAGGAGCUGCUGGCCAAGCGAGCGGAGCUUCAGAAGAAGGUGGAGGAGCUGCAGCGCGAGGUCUCCAACCGCUCCUCCUCGUCCUCCGAGAGGGCCAGCCCACCCGCGCCGUGUGCUGCGCCCGUCCAGACCGUGGUGUGAGCGCCCCCGCGGCGGCUCCGCAGAGCGGGUCGGGGCAGCUGUGUGGGCACCAGGUCUUCAGACUGGAGGGUCCGUCCGCGAGAGCAGUUCCGUCACUUUAUUUAUUUGAAACCUCUGACACGAGGCCAGGACUGUAGCCACGCGCUGGCGGCCACGACACUACGCAAGAGCCACCCUGAGGCGGUGACUCGUGUCUGGCUGGAUCCCGCAGGACCAAAUCCCUUGCUGUAGGAGGACACGCUCACAGGUCUUGUGUCUGGGAGAAAACAGACGCCGCCUCCUGGUGGGGCGGGGGGCCGGGGGUGGCCCUGGCGAGGGUCCCCGUACUGCUCACCCGGCGGCUGCCCCUCCCCCGGGGCGAGUGGUCCCCUCGGGGUCACCUAUAGUCCGGAGGACUUCUUGGUGUGGCGCUGGGUGACAUUAUUCUGUUGUUAUUUAAGAGCUUAUUUAAGACUCAUUGGCAUCUGCCCUGCAAGGACGCUUUAUGGGGGGGGAGGGAGACGGCGGCAGCCGCGUGGGAGGCCGGGACCACAGCCUUCAGAUCGUCCCCUCCGCUCGCUGAUCGAAGCAGCGCGACCUGUCCCAGCCCCGCGUGUCUGCGUCCCUCUGUGUCUGGACGCAGGAGCCGGUGCGCUGCAGCAGGGUUGUGCGUUUUCUAGGGUUGCCCUAUUUUACUGAAGUCUGUAUCAGGGGUUUAUGGGAAGGAGUACUAUGCUCAGAUUUUACAGGAACUAUUUUACUACUUUUUGAAAACUCUUACUUCCAGACUGAUAGGAUUUACCAAAGAGCUCUCUGCACGCCGGAGUGCGUCUGGCCUCGGUACAGCCAGCAAUCCUGGCGUGAGCUCGGCUUCCUCUGCCGCGCCCGCUCUGCCGGAGCUAUCCAGCCUGGGCUCUCAUUAAAAGAAGUUCCAGCUAACUCAGCCUCUAUCUGCGUAUCCCGAGCCACCAGCGCCAGCUGCUCAGCCGCUGUUCCCCACGUGAGCUGGGGACUCCUGCCUCUCGCUGUCCUGCACUCAUUCACAAGGGCUGCAUUGCUCCCCGGCCUCUGGAGUCUGGGCAUCCCCACCUCCUCCAGGAAGCCGUCCCUGCUACGCUCGCCCGCCUCCCUGGACGCAGCGCCUUUCUCACGCAGCGGGGCAUCCGCACGGCGCUUUGCUUACGGCAAGUCCGUGGAGUCAGGACACGGGAGACCAAGCUGUCCUGCAGCAGCAGGCGGGAGCCUCCCCCAUCUCUUACCUGAGGGUCUCAAGGCCCAAGCGGGCGUCUUUCACCGCCUCGCUGCCACUCUUGUCCCGGCCAGGACUGGAGCCCCUGCUGGGCAGUGCAGGUCACACAACUUAACUACCUGAUGCUCAGGCAGACACAAGUUUAAUACUGAAGUGGUGGCUGCGGCACAAGAAAUGUCACAUCACGAGAGCAGCGAUGGGGUCUGUGGGUUCACUUAUGAAUUCAGGGGUGAUAUGCACCUGCUCACCAGAAAUUUGUGUGCAAGCAAGUUUACUAACAAUUUCGGGAGAAUCACAAAUACCCCAAACUGCGGACCCUACGUGAAGAGCUCCAACUGGAAAAGGUCCAGUAGGAAGCUGGACGCAUAGCAGUAGACCGCGCAUGCGGGUUCUGUGUGAAACCCCAGGACUCCCCUCACUCCGGGAGACAUGACGCCGCCCUCAGGGGAGGUCCGCCUGUCCUCCUGUGUCACGGGGAGCAUCUCACAUGCCCCAGGCACUCUGGUCUUGCUGGACUUAGCAUCCCUCUGUAGGCAUGAGAAGCAAGUGUACCGUAUGCCAAGUGGAGGCCGCAGCUUCCCCUAUAUAGGAUGCACCUUCAGAGCGCGCACCUCGAGCCUCCAGUACAGGCUAGUAAACAAGAUUCCAUUAUUUCCUUAAAAAAAAUCUGCUUUAUUGACUUCAGUGGCAAUUUAUAAAAAGUUGAUGUCUUGAUCUACUCACAAUCACAGCUUCCGUGAGCGUGCCGGCCGCACGCGUACAGCCGGUGGCACACUCGCACUGCACGCCAGCGAGGGCGCGCUGAGGGGUCCUGCGCGUUCACAGUACAGCUGCAAGGCCUGGGCUGGCAGCAUGAUUACACACAGGCGUCACUUAAAAACAGCAAAUGCAUAUGCGUCACAGCACCUCCCCUUCCAUUCCAGAAUUCCAUUUACUUCAUUAACAAUCUGUUUAGCCUUUAAAAGCGCUUUUCUAAUCUUUACAAUUAAUUGACUUGAAAUGAGUGCUUGGGUCUCUAAAACAGUGGAUUAAAAAUCAAUAUAAGUACACUUAAUAGCUGAUUGAUGUCAAAAAGUGAAACAAAAUAACCCCCUUAAAUAGCUAUAAAUACUUAUAUACAGAAGACCUUCCUCCGCAGUUGCAACAAUGUAUCUGACAGUUGUGCUGGAAAGGGGAGAAGGGCAAAUCCUGCCUGUCAGGGAAAUUUAAAACUAGACUUUUCAAGCAAGCUCUGCCUAUGGGACAGCCUCCGAUUUUCUGAAUUAAAACCUAAUUUUAUUUAGAUAAAGAACUACUGUAAAAAAUCACACCCACAAGUAAAAAACUGGUCAUCUGUUUACAAAGUGCACUAUUCCAGAACAGCAAAUUCACGGGACGCAAACAGUCUAGGUGGCAGCUUCUCCCUGACAGCUCCCCUGGCCCUGGCCCUGGCCGCGCGGGGCCGUGCCGGGCGGGGGCUGCCGUGCAACUGUGCGGGCCUGGACACCUGCGCCAUUAGUUCCAACACGAGAGGGCCUGGGACCUGGGGAGAAAAUUGCCAACAUGUGAUUCACUGAGGUUACAGGUUAUCUGGAUGAAAUUCACAGCCUGGUGCCAGUUAGUAAUCCCAGCACACGCUGUCGCUUUGCAGCGAACUCUGGAUGGUUUGCAUUUCCUUCAGCAACUGGAGGUUCUUCCUGCUUUUUUCUCCGGGUCGCAGUUUGGCGACGUCCUUCUUGUUUGUGGACCCUGUGAUUCCAGAGGACCGGCUGCUGCUGUUUCCUUCUUCAUCAAGAGUCUUUUUGGUGCUUUUCAAUUCCUUCUUCUGCUUCUCUGCCUUCUGUUUCUCCAGCUUUACCCAGGCAUGACCAAGGCAGGAAAGAGAGAAGUUAAUGAAAAACACAUUCUCUUAAGACAGCUGGUGCCCUGAACUUGUACUACUAAAACACAAAUAAUAUAGCCUGGGUUUAUUUUCUUAAGGGCCUCAAAUAUCUGUGGCCAUUGAACAGCACUUAAGAGACACAGACACGCCGGUGGCCAGCCACACAUGCACGCGGGCCAUCAGCACAGACUAUGGCCGUGCUGCCGAGGCACACACGGGCAAAUGAGACUCUGGGGGCUUUGGGGAGAACUCGUGAAGGCAAAAUAAAUGACUUAAGAUGAAGGACAGGAUGGAUUUUAAUAGGUGGAGAGGACAGACACAUUCUAGAGACAAGUCUGAACAGGCAAAGAAGAACGUCCCGAAGGAAUGAAGAGCACAGCCACGAUGUAACUCCACCUGUGCAAAAAUCCCUUUUUAUCCUUAUUUACUGAAGCAUAAUGCUAAGCUGCUGUAGGUGAAGUCUCUUAGGAAAUGUGUUGAAUUAACACUGGUUUAAACAAAGUUCCAGGCCUAUAGCUUCACUUUAUUCCUACGUCACUCUUUUUAGAUUAAGUCAGUGGGGGCUCUACUUCACUUCAGCUGGUGACUACAACAGGCUGCUGCUGGCAGGGUGGUGACCCAGGAGAGAGGAAGGGCAACCAUGUGACAAGUUGGCCCAUCACAAUUACAGAAAUAAUUUCCUGGUAUUCUUUUUUUAAGCACUUCUAAGCUUAACGGUGCAGGUUCUGACGCUGACAAGAGUCAGGUUUGCACCAGCUCAGCAACAACGGAGCUGCCGUGUCCUGGGACAGUCCGUUUCUCUGAGACUGCGCCUCGCUCCCUGGGGAUUCAGCCCAGAGACUUCAUCUAUCAAAUGAAACCAACACCCACUCCAGACACCUUCCGUGAAAAGUGGACAUGGCGCCGCGUGCCACCUGUGCUGACCAUGCACGGCUGGGUCGUGGGCAUCAAUGGGCCUGUUCUACUCCUGUGGCUUCUCCACCAGUCAGUGGUCCCGGCCUUCAAAACGUCGCCUCCCCUCCUGCAGGCCUCACGGCAAGUAGCCCCGCGUCACUAUGUCCGAAGCUUAGCUCGAGUAGGUCCUUUCGUCCACCCGCGGUCCCAGUGCGCGCCUGGCAGGCCCCGUCCCAGACCAGGUGGGUCUCAGCCACGGCCUUCCCCACCCAGCCCAGGCGUCCGUCAGUCUUAAACACACGAAUCAUCCUGCUUCCUACUGCUUUCCCUGCAUCCGGAAGGAACAAUGGCGCUUCAUUUAAUUAGUAACCUAAACAAAACUACAGUUAUUUUCCACAUUAUAUCCGAAUUCCUCUAGAAUGUGGAAUUUCUAGAUGCUUUUUACCAGACUUGGGUAAACUCAGACCCACUGAAAUGCAUCGUGGAAGUUAAAAUUUUGUUCAAAUGAACACAGGACUAGUAGGUACAUCCAGCAUACGACGUGCAGCGUCGCUGGUCUGGGGCCACCUGUCCUAACCCGCUGAACACCAGUUCUCAGCGAUGAGCCGAACCAGCAUUUACAGCCAAGACCUAGCUCCUGUAACUCCCUGUCUACUUUAUCCACAACUAUAUUUGGGGAAAAGAAAUUGUUUUUCUGUUCUUGUUUUUUAACCAUAAGAACGAGUAAAGAAAACCGUUACCUGAGCUUGAUAUUUUCGAACUUUAGUUAUUUGACCGGCCUUUGCUUCCAUCCGCCCCACUAGCGCCUCCAGCUCACACUCUAAGUUGUCUUUCAGCUCCACCGUCGGGGACUCCUGGAUGAGCUUGGCAAGCUGUUGGUGAUCGCUGCGUACAGAGCAGUGCAGGCUGGUCAGGCCCUGCGUUCCCAGGCAGGCCCAGCGCACCUCCCUCACCACGCACCACUGCAUGAAAAAUAUCUCUGCUUCUUAAACAUAGCGGCAGAUUUCCAAGCCAUCAGUGGUAGUCUUAAAGAAUGGUAAGUUUUAAGGAAUGGAAGCACUGCAAGAUGAGCUCUUAAUUUCCAGUAACUAUUAUUUAUAUUUCUGCCUCCCCACAAGAGAAUUACGUAAGUAGAAAGGAAAAUCUAAGGGUCUUGUCCUUCAAACGCUUACAUCCUGACUUGUAAAAGUUGAGUUCAGCUGAAGGAAAUUAACAGCAAGGACCCGAACAAGGAAAUAUAAGUGGGACACAGACCUCGGGCUUCACAGUAAAGCAAAGCAUCUAACAGGGCUAGGGAGGGGAGCGCUCACACACAACAGCUGUGUCUGUCCUGACAGCCUGCUCCGUGGCUGCUACAGAGACUGUUCAACAAGUGCUCGCUGAGCAAAGGGAAGAGGGUGAAUAAAGUCAAGGUCUGAAAACUCAAAUACAGUGAAAAGCCAAAAACUGCCACUCACAAGCUCAUUUGCCCAAAUUCAUCCUGCAGCGUUUGCAAGACCUCGGACAGCUCCUCGCUGGUGCUGCUGGAGGGAGGCGGCGUCACCGACUUCUUGUUCUUGCUGCUCCGCGAGGGUGCUUGCCUGGCCAGGGGGACGCUGCUGACCACGCGGUCGUUGCACAGGGCUUUGCUGUGCUGCUUCAUCAGGUGCAGGACGUGCUGGACGUUGGCCACCACGGCGUGGCUGGGGCUGGUGGACUGAAAACGUGCAGACGCCACAUGUGGUAUGUUUGUUUUCUUUUUCUUCCCUACCCCCCAAAAGCCUGGUGACAUAAUCUCCCAAUUACCAACCCCAUGGAGUCCGCCCUCGCCUGCUCGUGACCGCUGGCUUCCAGAGCAGUGACACCCUCGUCGGUCUCCCCACAGCCAGGGCUGCAAGUGACCCUCCUGCAAGGUACACUGCUCACGCUGGCCUCCUACUUGAGGUUCUCUGACGCUAGGCCACAGCCCUCAGCACAGAGCAAUGAGGCCCAGGCAUCAUCCAGCCCCGCCACGACCACCUCCCGUCCAACCGGGAGGUUAGAAUGAGCCAUUUUCACGUGGGAGGCAUCUUCUGUGCAGCGGCUUCCACCGCGCUCUUUAGCACGGUCCCAAGAACUGUGUGGUCAGUUGUCUGGCCAUUAGGAGGGUCAUUUGUAUGGGUCAUGUCAGGAAGAAAAGCCUUCUCCAACACUGUGCUUUGAAUGCUAGAAAUCACAACGUGCUAUUCCAAUCUGCAGACAGCUGCUAGGUGGCACCAUCUAGGCAGCUUUCAAAAUGCAGAUUCUCAGGCACACCCCAAACUCAGUGUGGGCUUGCACAUGUGCUCAGAUGGCCCCGGUCAGCCGGGUCUGCAAUCCCUGAGCUAAGCUAAGCUAAUCCCAGAGGCUCUUCUCACGCUGUUCAGCAGCAACACGCACAAAGACGCGCCCGCCAUGUUGAAGUGAUUUCAGAAAUGCAAAGCCGGAUCAGUAUUUGAAAAUCAAUUUGAAAAUCAAUCCCUAACAACGGGGGAAAAAAAAAAAGUCAAAUGACCCUAUCGUUCAAUGAAGGAAAGCAUUUGAAAAAUCCAACACAAAAAAAAGAAAAGAAAAAUCCAACACAGUCAAGGCACAGGGAUGUCUGCAAGGAAGACAGGAGGGUGCUGCACGCUGUCUGUGAAGCGCCUGCAGUGAAGCCGCACGGGCUGAGGUGCUGAGCGCUCGCAGCAGAUGCCAGCAGGACUGACACCGUCACUUGACCCUAAGAGCCUGUUUCCAACCCAAUCAGAGGUUCCAUGGAGACACAAAGGCAUGGCCCAAAGAGAUGGUCAGUGACGCAGCGAGACCUGAUGUGGGGCCGAGGGCUGCCAGACCCAGAUCAUGUUUUCCAAUAGGUAGUCUGUGCCUCACAGGUCUACACGUGUCAGAAAGCAGUGGAAAGUCUAGGAGCUGCUCAGACGUCACUGAGCCUACACCGUGGGCCUCAGAGAACAAACAUAGACAAACCAAACUAAAAAUUGCCUCAAGGCUCUCGAGGGACGGCCAGCUGGACACUGAAAACGCACCCACGGACCACCAACGGCGUGGUCAGCGAAGCGCUGAUGUAACCACAACAGGCCACACUCCCUCAGCAGGCCAAGCUAUGCAUUUCAGCGCAGACAGGACACGAGACGCGAGCCCACAUGUGAGAGGGCCUCGCAAAAGCAAGCGAGGGCCAGCCUGGACUGAGGACACACAGCAUGUGGCCAUUUACAAGAAAACCUGUCUCUAGACAAGGCAAUAGAAUCGACGCUAAAAACCCACCACUGCAGGUGCACAUUACCUCUCCUCCACCCCUUCUCCAAGCCAGUCCCUCUGCCUGCUCCACCCUUCGGUCUCCUCACAUCACUACAGCUGCACUGGCGAGGGGAGCAGAAAGCAGGCCCCACCAUUUACAGGCACUCAAGGCAAAUUCAAAGAGCUAAGUAAUAAACACCCCGGACCGGCCAGCUCACCUUCCCAGCAACAAACGGCAUGUCACCCAAGCACAGCCUGUAAUGCGGCUGUGCGGCAAGAUGGCUCCGAGGACAUCGCUGAGGAGAAAAGAGAGACAGUGUUACUCCCAGGCCGUUACUUGCCUUAACUUACUCACCCUCUCACUGCCACGAUAAAAACUCUGAAGGAGGUAAUACCCGUCCCCUCUUCCCGUGGAGAAACUUGAGACCCGCGAGCCGCACCCACCCAGGGCUGCACCCACGGCCUCGGGUGCAGGUGUCAGCGACCCUAGCAUGACUCCCGGCUGGUGGCUUCCGUACCUUUUCUGGUGGCUUUGACUUCUUUUUUUUAAUUCUUCUUGCACUGUGGACACACGGAGUGGCCUUGUCUUCAAAGAUGAGCCUAUUGGCUUCCAGGCCGGUCUGCAACUAGAAAGCUACGACUGAGAACUUCUACCUUGGCCAUUCCAAAGUACAAACAACCCAAGAAGCCCACAUCUCAUCAUCCACUUCUGUGGGAAAGAGGCACAGCGCGAGACGGCCCCCUCCCCGGGCUGCGCCUACCUGGGCCGCCGUGGCCUGCAUGCGCUUCCUCUCCCGCUCUUCCUCGCGGAGCUUGCCUUCCAACUCGCGCAUUUUUUUCUAGUGGUAACAGUUAAAAAAUUUGUCUUAGUGUCUAUUUGCAGGAUUUUAACGUAACACGAGCAUGCUGUAAGCUUCAGUGCAGUGAGCUUAGGCCUGCUGGUGCCCUGGACAACAGGCCGGAGCUUGCUGCAGCCAGGACAUGCUGCCUGAGCCAGGAGAAAAGGAUGAUGGCAGAUCUAGGCCAAGGAACACACGGCGUGUGAAGGUAUGGAAAAUGACAUCAAAACUGAACCUGGACUUCAGUCUCUGGUAUGAAAUACUUCCCAAGUGAACGAAUCAAACUAAAAUUAGCCCAGAGGACAACGUACACCGCGGGCUGUUCGCCCUAGGAAUACGCAGAACAUGCUACCCAGCUGUCAGCAUGUUCAGAGAAGAGUUUCGAGGGUAUAAAAUACAAACUCUCUCCAAAUUUACACUGCUCCAUAUAAAAAUGCCUACACCUUACUCUGCUGUAAGGCAACUUUUCUUCGUAUAAAUAUCCAAUCUCAUAUAAUAAAUCCCUUUGACAGAAAUACCGCUCUAUGCACUCAUCACAGCCACUGACUUCCGCGAGGGCCUGCAUUGCCGUCAGCUUGUUAUACUCCUGCUCGAGAAGGUCCAGUUUUUCCAGUUGGCUCUGAACAUGCGUUUGGUCGUGUUGUCGUUCUCUCUCUAAGGAAACCUGGAAAACAGCAUCAGAUGCAGCAUGAUCAUCUAUAUUAUCAAAAACCAAGUAACAACUAACAUGUACUAACAUGGAGAGAAUUUAAGAAGACACCACAUGCUAUUCGCCUGGCCUUUCACAGAACUUACCAGGCACUGGCUGAGGAACUGGAGGAAGACAACAUUAAGAUGAAACCACCGGGACACCCACAGAUGCAAGCAGAACCCUGUUCUCACUAUGCACGUCACAGCGUGUUUCUGUGGCGAGACUGCGCUCUGGGAAGAAAGAACUGAGCAGAACCACACUUUGACCUAGUGGUGUCUCUCAGUCGAGCUCUUCACUAAGGCAACAAUUUUGAUAUCAUGCUUCCUCAGACUUCUAUGAAAAUUUUCAUUUUUUCUUUUUUCAGGUUUAGGACCAAAAAUUUCAAGUCCUAUCAAAACUGAGGGCCAAGAGUCACAGGGCAAAGCGUUACACUAACAUAAGCAGCAGCAAUACGCUAACUUGAGGCCUAUUGAUAAAAAACCAAAACACUAGGUACCUGAAUUUACAAACGGUUUUCUUCAUACAUAACUAACUCUAGCAAUGGGCAUCCCGCCGACUGACACGUGAGCAAAAUAUAAAGCAGUAAUUUUCUCAGGAAUUUGUGUGAAACACUAACUCCAAUCCGCCUUAGCGACGGAUAGUUGCAGCACUUUAAAUACACUAAGCUAAAUAUAGACGCAGAUUUAUAUUUUAUUUCCAGUACUGGAGUAAUUCUUAUUGUGCGAUCCCAAUCAAAAUUAUUAUUUAAAACUGCUGAAGAAGCCACGUUCAAAGACGCCCCUUCUACAUAUUCUGCGUCAGUCACGCAUGGACAUGCCCUCUGCCCUGGGAGCACACGUGCACGGGCUGCCAGUCCCAACCGAGAGACAGACUGAGCUGCUCCCCCCCACCCCCCACAGCCAACAGAGAAGUGCCCCGUGGGAACCAGGAAUAAUCACGGUGAAGCUGAAAGCAGAGCAGAGGAGUCUCUGAGUGAAGAGAGGGUGCCCCAAAGUAAGAGAAAGGCGCGUCCUGAUCCUCAGCCCCGUGCGGCUGCCAGGCACAGUCACGUGCCAAUGCACAAGCAUAAGUACGGGCCAGAAGCAGUGCGGCCACAAGGCCCAGAAGAGCAAGUGCACAACUGCCUCCCACGCUGCCCCCACUGCCAAGGGCAUGGCGCUGGAGCACGCGCUGUUGAGGCCUGCCGUACGCUGUCCAAUAACUUCCUUUUCCCCCUGAAGUCUGACUCUCCACUUUGAAUGUGGACUGAAGGCAGAAACACAGGAUUUCUCUUUCAUGCUGCAGAACAUCCAGCAAAAUGUUGAGCAUAUAAACAUUCAAAUGUUGCAUGCUGAGGUUAAGAUGCUCAGAAACGGUGGUCUUCAUGGCAAAUUCAAUGUCUAGAUUCGUAAUAGAAAAAAGCGGUAUGUUUCUCCAGCUCUCUGAGGCUGAUGCUGCAGCAAACUCACAGGCCACUAAUACACACACCUCUCACGUGACACUCCAUGAAGAGUGCUUACAAAGCACUAAGAACCUUCCUAUCGCUGCCUCACUGAAGCUUCUAAACAAAUUCAAGAGUAGAGAGACACGUAAUAUAAUUAUUUGUACUUUUUGUAAGACUUCACGUCAUGAAGGUGACUUGAAGAGGUAACAACAAAGGCAGCGAACAAAUGUCCGGACACAGCUGACGGAAGCAACAGCCUGGGUCUCACUGCUCCACAGCAAGGCCGCUCAGGAGGCGCGGAGCACGUGCAUCCUGGCUCCGCCGACAAGCCACAUUGUCCUCCAAGCUCAUACUAGGAGCUCUUCAAAAUGAACCACAGAUCCUAUCACCAGAAGUUUAAAAUCAAAGGAGAAACGAUCAUUCAAAAUAACAGUGUGACUAGUCCCCACGGAGGGAGCAGAGGUUUUCAUUUCCAUCUGAUUUUUUCCUAACCAAGUGUUCUUGAGGACGCGUCACACCGCGGGCGCCAUACCUGUUUCUCCAGGACGGACGUCCGCUCCAUUUCUGCAUGCUUUAUCAUGUUUCGCAUAUAUUCCAGCUGUUUCUCUAAAAGAUUGCAUUUAUUCUCUGCCGCCAAUAACUGAGACGUCAGUUCUAAAAAUACAGAAGAAAAGCAGAACUUAGGUCACUCAUUGUUUAACAAGGAACUGUUAAAAAUCCUGUGGAACAGGAAUUCAAUCUACAGCCGACACGCACAACCCAUUCCAGCGGCCCCCGGCUCUUCGCGUGGCCUGCGUCGUUGUCUCUCCACAGCUGGCCGAGCCCAUCUUGCCUUUGCCAGUAGACGUGCAAGACGGCAGCAGCUGUUGGUCAACACUGGCAUGUCCUGCAGGUGCGCCGAGCACAGGACAGUGCCCAGGGCCUGUCCCUUACCCUCGGACAGCUUUCAUUUCUCUACCAAUCAAACAGACCUUGAUUGUGCUUGGAUUCCUCAUUCUUUGAAUUCUCCCUUUCUUGUAUCUGCUCAUCCAGUACUUUCUUAUAUUCGAUCGUUUCCCUGGACAGGGUUUUCACACUCUCUUCUGCCUGAAUCCUCUCAAGUUCCAAGCGUCGAAUCUUAUCUUGAAGAUUCUUCAGAGCAGAAAAUAUGGCUGCCAAAACAAACACGGCUACUCUAAGGCAACGAUACACGGGAGAAGGUUCACUGAACAGGAGACACUCCGAUAAUACAGUUCACGCGCGGGCCCGCGGAGGAGGGCGGCUCUUCGGGAAGAGCGAUACCCUAACUAUUCAGUUCUUCACAUGGCCUCACACCUCGCCACGCCCACCGCCAGGGGCACCUCGUCCUGCCACUCUGUCAGCACGGGCUGGCGCCGCCCACGGGAGGAAAAUCCCCGGCUGCCAAGCGCGCGCCUCUGACUUCCCUCGAGCCCACCUGGGCAGCUUCACCUUUCUGACUCUCCUCCCUUGGCAGCUAUGUCCCAGCCCUCGCUUCUUUGCCUACUUCUGUCUGGAAAACUCCCUUCCAUUCAGAGCUUCAGCCACUGCUGGACCUGUGAAGCCCCAGCUCACUAGCACAUGUGAAAAGUUUCAUCUUCACGUCAUCCACGGGCACUUCAAAUUCAGUAAAGCCGAAAGUAAACUCAUCUUUCUGAAAUGCUCUUUUCCCUGUAACCUGUGUCAGUCACCAUCACGCAUGCACCCUGGCCUCAAGACUCAUCUAUUCCCUUCACUGCUGCUCCAGCCUCCCCCUGGCCUCUGCCCAGCUGGCGCCGCUUCGGGCUCCACUGACUUCUGACCCCGACCGAAACCCGGUAAGCGCCCCCAGAGCACACAGGAGGGCACGGUGGCGGGGCGCGGCGGUGUGUGGUGGGCACGUGGCAGGGGUGCUUGGUCUGAGAGCUAGCUGUUAGCACCAAGUCUGCACUACUGCUUCUAGUUCGGACGGCAUGUCGGUAAGAAACAGAAACAGUAAUUACGCUCCUGUUAGCCCUCCAGAACACGGUCUGAGCGAUGCUUUGGGAGUCGGGACCCCCGGCACCUGCCCACUGUUCUUCUCAUUGAUCCCGCGGUAAUUACGUUCGCUAUGGGGUGGACAGAGAAACCACGGCCAACGCGUGAGCAAAGGGCCAAGAGAGUUCAGAAGCGACACCGGAGGGUGGCGGGAGGCCGUGUGCUAGGGCAGCUGGCGGAGGGGACUGUGCAGAAGGCUAAGUAACGUGCGCUUUAAGACAAAGGGCAAUUCUCUAACAAGAAAAAUUCACUGGGCGAGUACAGCAUCAGAAAGGGUGCCACACCUGACGUGGGUGGGGUGGCAGGCAGCACGGACACCCCCAAGAGGCCUAGGCCCUAAUCCUGGACACGGAAACCCUUUGUGAGAUGUGAAAGACUUCAACGUGGUUGAUGAGCUGGGCCCAGACAGGAAGACAGUCCCAGCUAAGGCGAGCGGCCCACCCGGUGCCAGAGUGCCAGCAGGACAUGCUCUGCGCAGGGAUGGAAGGCAGUGGCCGGCACGGGCAGGCUCGGGCGCGGGAGGCCCGGCUGCUGCUGCUGGGCGGGUGGAGGCACAGGCCAAGUUCCAGGAGCCCUGAGGGGGGCCAGCAGCCACAGCCCCAGCUCCUCCCCACAGCCACCGAAUUUGGUCAAGAAUCGGACAGAGCCGGUAGCCGGCGCGCCCCGGUACGGAACUCGGCCGGACUGGCCCUGGUCCAGCUAUGAAAACCGCAGGUGCCCACCGGACGCUGGACCGUGCGGCCGUGUCCCUCAGAGCUGCUGCAUGCGCGCCAGCUUGUUAAGGCAGCAAGAAAACUGCAGACGGCCCGGCCCGGAAGAACUGGAUCGCAAAGCGGCCAGAACACAGGGUGUGUGUGUGUGAAGGAAGAAGCGACGAGAAGCCAGGGAGGGAGCUGGCGGCUCAUCCAGCGUGUGAAGCGCUGAGCCUUCAUGACGUGAGUCAUGGAAAGUCACUGAGCCGUUCUGCGUAAAGCGGCGGGGGAUGGCGAGUUAGGCAGGGCAGACAUGCGACCCGGGGCGAGGGGGCGAGGGCAGGGUGAGUGACAGGUGCGUCCGACAGACACAGCCACGUGACAGCCAGAGCCCAGCAGAAAGCCGAGAGUGCAGACAGCCCGCCAGUCCAGAAGCAGAGACGUAAGCCCGAUUCCCAGGACGCGAGCGAGGCGCACGGCCCCGUGACUGCAGACUCGCUUUCAUUUUGAUAAUCUCGUGGGUGUCCGCCAACUGAGGGAACAAGAAAGGCCUUACAGCUGGAGAUGGAGCCAGGAAGGGGAGACGGCUCCUCCCCCGCCCCGGCGUGAGUGCGCAGACAGGCCCAGCCCUGGCGCGGCUCCGGUACCUCUGCUGUUGCUCUCGGGGUAGGCGAACGUGGGCUUACUCGGGGAGCGCCGCAGGUCACUGUUAAGGAAAGGCUUAUCGGGCGGGUACACCACGUAAGGGGACGCGGCCUGGCGAACCAUGCUUCCGUUCGCCCUCGCUGGCUCGGCCACGGUGCUCUGAAAAAUGAAAAUAGGGCAAUUAACUUCCCAGGCUUUGGAGGAAAUCAGCACAUAGACACCCGCGCGCGGCACGCUCCGCUGGUGCCCCCGGCGCCCUCCAGGGAGGUGACACCUGUGCAGAGUCUCCCGGUUGUGUACACUGAGCCGUGUCACACGGCACCAAAGGAAAAUAACGCCCGUGGGAAAGGAGAACAAAGCCCGCGCGGAAACACUUACGAUGGGCUCACAAUGAAUUUAAUGGUUUUUAAAAAUACGCGCUGUAAAAUGUCUUUUUAAGUGUCAAAAAAUCGCUUCAAAAUGACCGCAUGAACCUAUCCCCGAUCAGCCAGCUGCCCGCUGAGCAUUUUUAAAAUGUCCAAAAGCUGCGCAAACAGAAGGAGGAGAAGGGCAGCGUCCCCGCCAGCCCCGGGCGGCGAGCACAGACCCGAGGCGCAUCCCAGCCCAUCAGACACCCGAGCACAAACGAUUCGCACGCGCACGCCUUCCCGCAGCCGGCGGCACGUCUCUGCUCUCGGCGCUGCUCCGCGCAGGGAGUGCGAGCUCUGGAGCGUUCUCCGUCAUGGGGUCUUCCCACCAGACAGGCCGAUCGGGAGAACUGGAGGGUUCCGGUCAAAGACGUCAGCUCCGGCUGUUAAGACAGCCGCCGCAAACGGGGCCCCCCGCGCUCGCCCUUGCGACAGCCGAUCCUAAACACCAGCAGCGUCCGUGUCCAGAGAAGUGUAAGGAACACUGAGGAUUUGCGGUAACCGUCCGCGCCAUCCCAGCCACCACACUGGAUCUCCGUCUUCUGAAAAACGGAAGACUCUCUGCCCGUCAUCACCUUGCGGUCCACCGGCUGAUUUCACGAAGUCCAAAGCAUCCCUCUGCUGGCGGUCCCAGCUGGGGAAGGCCCAGAGCUUGGAGGGGCAGGGACAAACCUCAGCAGUGACACGAAAACCGUGUUCACGCGCAACAAGGAGCGAGCAUUUUUCACAUUUUCUGGCAACUGAUACCUGAUUUUGGAAAUGGCUGGAAAUGAGGGUGAGCUUUCACUUCUUAAAAUACGCAAUAACACCAGUCUUGGCAAAGCACCCAGGAAGGGUCCCCGAGCGCAGCGCAACUCCGCAGAGUCCCGGGUCUUCGGACAGUGAGGCUCGAGCAGCAACGGCCACGCAGGCCCCGAGGGCGAGGACGCGUCCCUUCCCGUGUGUCUCACUCGCACACGCCGCCUCCAGAUGCGCCGGACCUCCGCGCCGUGCACCCUUCCCAGCACAGCGCUCUGCAAACACUCCCCCGGGCGAGUAAUUCACCAGCACAUCUCCACACACACGGCAGCGGGCGCCCUGUCUCCUCCGGACGCUGCGCACCCGAGCCAGCCGCCGCGGGCCGUCACGCACCCCCUUCCGCGCGGCUCCUCUCACGCAAGCCGCGCUCUGUUCACGCAAGGGCCCGCGCGAGGCCCCAUCUCAGCACGGCAGGCGGGGGCAGACUAGAAGACCACGUCAAUCCAGACAAAGCAGCUUCACAAAAUGACAAGAACUAUUUUGAAAUAAAAAUCAAGAAAUGAAAGACGGACGCCUCAGGGGCACACGCGUCACACGCGUCACGCGCGUCUCUUAAAAACGCAGCCCAAGCCGGGGCGGCGCGCGUCGAGUGACCCGGCCUCGAGAGAGGAAGGAAAUGGCCUCGCGCGCGGUCCGGGGGAGUAGCCCAGGCCGUCGCCGCACAGGGCCCAGCUAGCGACCCGGCCACCUGCGCGGGGAGACCAGGUCGGCGAGCCCGGGGCAGCCAGGGCUUCCCGCGGAGGAGCGCCGCCGGGGGAGAUCCUCAGCUCAGGGGUCACCACAGGACCAGGUUUAAAAGCCGGGACACCCAGACCCAAGGGCUCGAGCUCGCUGGGUCACCGAGGAGGAGAAGGCGGGGGGCGGCGUGCG